AUGUCCCCGUUUCAACCUCCUCCCUCCUUCCCUUCGCCCCCGAGAAUUCGCCCAUCUUCUGCGCCUUGUUUCCCGCCCCGAGACGCCGUCGCCGGCUCGUCGACCCCGCCCUCGGCCGCCGUCCCGGGGCGCGCGCUCUCUCUCUGUCUCCCUCCUGAAGCCCAGCCCGGAAAAAACGCCAUGGUCACCAAAGAGUUUCUCGACUCGGACAGAGUCAACUUUCUCAUCUGGAAGUACCUCUUGGAAGGCAACUAUCGCGAGACGGCCGCCAAGUUUCAAAAAGAAUGGGACGUUCGCGAACCGCACCGCGACUUCGAGUUUGCGCCCCACGUCAAGGGUCACGCAUUAGUCUCCGUCGUCAACCGCGGCUUGCUCUACAAUGCCAUCGAGCGCGAGCAGGCACGCAAAGGCCUACCCGUCGGUCUCACCGCUGAGCCCGAGGCCAUCAAGAAUGGCAUCUUUGGACCCCUAGACUCACCCCUCAGGGCCAAGAAGGAAUACGACCAAGAGGCCACCGCCGUCGCCGUUGAGGCUGCCCGCAAGCGCUCCCUUCCCACCAUCACAAGCACCAAUGGCUCAUCACCAAAGCGCUCUCGUCUCGCCAACGGCUACGAGAAUGGCACCCCGUCAGCUCCCGGAUCUGCCACGCCCAUGGACAUCGACCAGUCCGACAACCAUGCCUAUCCUUCGCCUCUUGAGGGCGAGCAGCCCUCCCAACCCGUUUCCCGGACCGACGGCCCCGAGCAGGGCACCCAGGUCGAGAAAGUCGAGGAACUCACCCCCAACACUACCUUUAUCCGCCUCGCCGACGACGCUUCUAAUCCCGAGGCAGCCGCCUCUCCUUCCACCACCACCACCGAGAACGCGCCCAUCCUCCUCCAGUGCGAGUGGAAUCCUACGGACCCAUCCGCAUUGGCAGCGACUGGCACUGAUGCGCUGGCCCGUAUCUGGACCAUCUCGCGUACUGCCAACAGUCUGCCAGGUCACCCCCAGGAUCACGUAUCACAUGCGCACAACCUCAUCAGCCCGGAUACUCCAAGAACAACUACCGUCACCGCCCUCGCCUGGACCUCAGACGGGAAAACCAUCGCUGUUGCCGCCGACCUAGGCUCUCAGGCCGCCGUCAACAUAUGGUCCGCCGAGGGCAUCCACGUUCAGUCUAUGGAGGUUCCGGAACCCCCCGUCGUCAAGCUGCUAUGGAACCCCUCCAACACCGGCCUCCUCGCCAUAUCGCCAGAAAAGGGCGGCGCCGUCGUCACUGUCUACUCAUCGCAAACAGGCAUCUCACUAUCGCAUCGUCUACCCGGCCAAGACAUUGGCUCGGCGCCCCUCGAUGCCACCUGGAUUGGCGACUCGGACUUUUUGCUCUGCGGCGGCGACCUGCUCAUCUGCCUGCACUGCACCGAGUCUUCCAUUGUGCAAGUCCGCAAAUUUGAAACCAAGGACGACGAUAGCUUCUCCCAAAUACUGUUCGACCGGCGGUCUAGGCUGGCCGCCACAUCUAGCGAUAAGGGAGUCCUCGAUCUUUGGGAUGAUUUUGGUCAACGAAGAUCUAUAUCCGCACACCAAGGCGCCAUCACUACCAUGGAGUGGCAGCCCCUACCGGCCUCACACCCCGUUACGGACGACGAGCGACUAAUAGCUACAGGCGGUGACGACUGCGCCAUUCUAAUAUGGAACGCCCGCAAACCAGAGAGCAAGCCUAAGUCCUUUCUCACCAUGGACUCGCCCAUUGUGCGCUUGGCUUUUACCCCUGAUGGAGCCUUUAUCGCCGGCGCCACAUCGAGCCAGGUUCUCAUCUGGAAGGUGGGCAGCGCCACCAUGCCCCGAGCGUGCUGGAACCGACCGCCGCAUCCUGGCUGGCUCAGUCCUAAAGAGACUGACGAGGAGGAUGAGCACUGCCUAUGCUGGGACAUGACGGGCCACAGGCUGGCCUAUGGAUCAAAUAGCCGACUCGCUGUCAUAAACUUUCGGCAAUGA